AUGCAAAGAGCUGAAAGUAGUAGUAACACAUCCAUAGGUCAAGGGGACACUACUUUUCUUCCCGUUCUUCACAAUAGUGGGUUCUUGUAUGGAACUUAUUUUGGCUUCUAUACCAUGGAUAGCCAUUCAUUCAUUCUCGUCAUAGCGCUCUCGGGGCCUCAAGGUCCCAUCGUGUGGUCUGCCAACCCAGACAAUCCUGUAAGUCAGAACGCCAUCUUGACCUUCACCGGGGAAGGGGAUUUGCUGCUCCAGGAUGGUGGCACAUUGAUAUGGUCAACAGCCACCAAGAACAAGUCAGUUGCAGGAAUGAGGCUCGAUCUUUCAGGAAACCUUGUGCUUUUUGAUCAGAAUAGUUCCUUAGUCUGGCAGUCUUUCGACCAUCCAACGGAUACUUUGGUCAUGGGGCAGUCACUUUGCAGUGGAACGAAGCUUAGUGCCAAGCUCUCAAACCCAAAAUGGUUGUCUUCCAGGUUCUAUCUGUCGGCAGAGGGGAAUGGACUGCGGCACUAUUUUGAGCCAGCAGCUUACACACAGUUGUUCCACCCAACGGCAACAUCGACUCCUACUACAUCAUCAGCUUGUUACGCAUUUGCCAAUGGCAGCCUUGGGUUCCCAGAUAAGAUAUUCUCACUACCGUCAGCAAGUUCUUUGCAAUUCAUGAGGUUAGAGUCUGACGGGCACUUGAGGCUUUAUGAGAUGCAGGAACAAAACUCACCGCGGAUGUUGUUAGAUGUAUUAAGCACAGUGGUUGCCUUCUGUGAUUACCCGCUGGCCUGUGGUGAUUAUGGCGUUUGCAACAGUGGGCAAUGUUCGUGUCCUAGUUUCAGCACUUUCAGGUUCCAAAAUGAACGGCUUCCAGGUUCUGGAUGCAUACCCUUAUCAGGCAUCUCCUGCGAACAUGCUCAUGACCACAAGCUCAUACCACUGAACAACAUUUCUUACUUCAGUAACAGUUCCUUUUCAAAACUGGCUGCUUCAGGCUAUUCAGAAUAUGAUUGCAAGCAAUCUUGUCUAAUGAACUGCUCUUGCCAGGUAGUGAUUUUUCAGAAUGAUUCGGGUACAGAUGUUGGUCACUGCCUGUUGUUAUCAGAGAAGAUGCUAAUUUUGUUUGCAGAUGAUUCAUCAAAUCAUUUUUCAGCAUUUGUAAAGAUACAAGAUAGCCCCCCAGAGAAAAGGAUGGUGAUUAUUGUUGCCAGCUGCACAGCCGCAGGGUUUUCUCUAAUGACAAUAUUUGUUUGUGCUGUCAUAUGGAAAAGGCGCAAGAAAGAUGAGGAACUUCUCUUUGAUGUCAUACUUGGGACACCAAAGCGUUUCUCCUUCGAUGAGUUGAAGGUAGCUACCAGCAACUUUUCUAUGAAGCUAGGACAUGGCGGUUUUGGGUCGGUCUUCAAAGGCAGGAUAGGCAAGGAAACCAUUGCUGUCAAGCGCUUGGAGGGUGUCGAGCAAGGAACAGAAGAGUUCUUGGCAGAGGUCAAGACGAUUGGUAGAAUGCAUCACCGUAACCUUGUUAGGUUAGUAGGUUUUUGUGCUGAGAAAUCACAUAAACUCCUUGUCUACGGGUACUUGUCAAAUGGCUCACUGGACAAAUGGAUUUUUCACACAAGCCCAGUUUUCACUCUUUCUUGGAGAACUAGACGUAACAUCAUCAUUGCUGUUGCUAGGGGGUUGGCUUUCCUUCAUGAAGAAUGCAAGGAAAAGAUUGCACAUUUAGACAUCAAGCCACAAAAUAUUCUCCUGGAUGAUGAAUUCAAUGCAAAGCUCUCAGAUUUCGGGCUUUCGAAGAUGAUAAACAGGGAUCAGAGCAAAGUGAUGACUCGAAUGCGAGGAACACGUGGUUAUCUAGCACCCGAAUGGCUGGGCUCAAAAAUCACUGAGAAGGCUGACAUCUACAGCUUUGGGAUUGUGAUGAUCGAAAUCAUUUGUGGUCGAGAGAAUUUGGAUGAAUCGCAGCCCGAGGGGAGCGUCCACUUGAUAAGCCUGCUUCAAGAGAAGGCUAGGUCGGGUCAGGUGUCUGAUUUGGUGGACAGUAGCAGCAAUGAUAUGAAAUCCCACAUGGAGGAGGUCAUGCAAACAAUGAAGCUUGCAAUGUGGUGCUUGCAGGUUGAUAGCUGUGCAAGGCCCUUGAUGUCCACAGUCGCCAAGGUGUUGGAAGGCGUGAAGAGCUUAGAUGCCACACCUGACUGCACUUUUGUUCCAAAUUUUGCAUCGAGCAACAUUGGCGUAGCAGAAUCAAGGUCUUCCUACGUGCCCUCUGAAUCACAUUUAUCAGGGCCUAGGUGA